AUGGAAAAUUUUGACAAUGACCAGGAUGCAUUGCGGAUGAUCAUAUUAUUUUUCAUUCAUACGUUUUUGUUAUCUGAAACUGAUGAUGCAGCUGUUAGUUAUAUAGAAUUCAAUAUGGUAGAGGAUGGUCGAUAUAAACAAUAUCCGUGGGAAAAGAUUGCUUUCAACAAGUUGAUGAACUCGUUGAGACAGGACUUUUUCGUUGAAAAGCCGCUUUAUCGGUUAGGAGGAAUGCCACAUGUUCUCAACAUCUGGAUGUAUGAAUGUUGUUCUGAAGUAGAUAAAGACAUUUCUUGUCGUAUUGAUAAUCGUAUCCCAAGGAUAUGUUAUUGGUUUGUUGUUGAAACAAAGCCUAAAUUCAGAAAGUUCAUGAAUGGAAUGUUUAGCAAGUAUUUGUAUACCAACAUAAGUCCUACAGUUGAUGAGCUAAAAGGUCUUCAACUGUCAAAUCAUGAUGGAAUGGAUUUGAAAGAUUCUGUUAAUUCAACUUUGUCAUCCACAUCUUGUAGACAGACGAUAAAAGUUGAUCAGAAAGCUAAAAUGACAGCUGGUCAAAGUCCAAGUCUGAUAUAUCAUUGGCACCACCUUCAAAAAAGAAGAAAGACAGACGCUAAGCAAAAAGAAUCGGUGACAGAUCAAGAAAAGAUUAAAGGUCAACCCUCUGUUGAAGAAGUCAAUCAAUCACCUUCUGGCACAUCAAACACAAUUAUUGACCCAAUCAUUGAAGAAGCUCCACAUAAACCAUCUCUAAAGAAUUUCGGCGAACGGACACUACCAGCAGAACAAAACCCACCAGUUGUCGAAAGUGGGCGUGAGUCCACACAGAAAAUUAAUGUGUCUGGAGAAACAUAUCAUGAGCAAGUUUUGAUGAAAGUUGAUAUGAAUACAAUUGAAUCAUUAGUCAAGAAAUAUGUUGUGAUUGAAAUUGAUAGUUCAAAUAAAGAUGUGGAAAAGAAAGAUACACAUGGUGAUGAUUUGAAAACUCCGAAAGAACAUCCAAAGGAUGUUCCAGAAAAGGAAAAUGAAAUGGAGGUUAAGAAUAUUGCGUUUCAGCAUUCCGUCGAUAACACCAUAGCUGAAUUUUUCUCACCAGUUAGUGCAAUACAAUCUGAGGAGCUUUUACAGAAAGAAAAUCUCCCUGAUCUCAUUUUACCAACAAACAAUAUUGAAGAUCGAAAUGAACUGCAGGAGUCUACCAAUGAUAGUUCAAUUGAUGUGUCUCAGGAAUCGAUAGAUAACAUUAUAACUGGAAUUUCCACUUCAGUUGUUGCCAUGAAAAUGAAGUCUGUUAGUCCCACUAAAAUCAACGACAAUGAAUGUCAAAUCCAUGAUACUCAAUUUCAAUCAAUUCUUCCUGAAGCAGAAAUGGGUAAACAACAUACCAUUAAAACACGUACACCAAGAAAUCGGAAGUGA